AUGCUUUUAAAUGCAGAGACCCCUUAUGCCUCCCACUUGGGCAUGAAGACUCUGGAGUGGGCGGAGUGCCACACAGAGAAGGACACUGGCAAUCAGAUCAAAGGGCACAAGUUUGUUGAGGACAAUGACUACCUUUAUAUUCCCACCAUACCUGGAACAAUCCCUUUCUCACAUAUAUCCUCUGUGAUGUCAGUCUGCUUCGCCCGUUUCCAUCCCAACUUGGUGGUCGGUGGGACUUACUCAGGCCAGAUUGUCCUGUGGGAUAAUCGCAGUCAUCGAAGGACACCAGUGCAGAGGACACCCUUGUCAGCUGCUGCACACACACAUCCCGUGUACUGUGUAAAUGUUGUUGGGACCCAGAAUGCUCAUAACCUCAUCACUGUCUCUACUGAUGGUAAAAUGUGUUCCUGGAGCCUGGACAUGCUCUCAACUCCACAGGAGAGCAUGGAGCUGGUGUACAAUAAGUCCAAGUCUGUGGCUGUUACCGGAAUGGCCUUCCCCACAGGAGACGUCAAUAACUUCGUGGUUGGCAGCGAGGAGGGUACCGUCUACACGGCUUGUCGUCAUGGAAGCAAAGCAGGUAUUGGUGAGGUCUUCGAAGGUCACCAAGGACCAGUGACGGGGAUUAACUGCCACAUGGCAGUGGGCCCAAUUGACUUUUCACACCUGUUUGUCACGUCAUCAUUUGACUGGACUGUCAAACUGUGGACCACAAAGACAAGAACCACGAGGUGGCAGGCGUUGCCUUCAAUGCGAAGGUCUCGGGGCUGCCGCGGCUGCCGAGCUUUCCAGACCAUCUCCGGGGGUCUGAUCCCGGCAGACCUCGGCUCGGUUCAGGUUCCGAGCGACUCAGCAAGCGUGGCUCGGCGAGAAUUCCGAGCUAAUGGGCAGUCCCGUCCACCUGUCUGGAAUGUCUCCUACGACUGUGUCUGA